AUGCUGGAGAAUAUGCCACCAAAGUACGUGGAAGUCCCUGACGCCAGUUCCGAGGUCGCGCUGGCACGGAAGGAGGCCGAGUGGGUCCGCACUGAGCUUGCGCGCGAGCAUGAGGCAGCAGCCAAGACGCGUGCGGACCUGCAUGCCCGCCUCAUCCAGGCAGAAUCAGAGCGGGACCUUGCUUCCCAGGCGCGCGAAUCAUCGGCGGAACAGCUGCGCCAUGUUGAGCGCCUUCUCACCGACACGCAGGCGCGCCAUAGCGAGGCGACCCACACGAUCGCCGAGCUGCGCACGCGCCUGUCCGAGCGGGAAAGCGAGGCACUCAUGGAUCGCGCCGCGGCCGAGCAGGCGGCACAGUUGGCAGAUGCGCGGGUUGAGCGAGCAGAGCUGCGAGCCGCAGAGCUCGAGAGCAGCUGCGAUGCCCUCGUCCACGAAUGCGCGGCGCGCGAGCGCCGUGCACGCGCCGAGACUGACGAGGCACAGGCGCAGAUCGAGGUGCUUGAGAACGAUCGCCGCGCCCUUCAAGAGGCACUGGACCGCAUGGCCAGUGUCGUGGGCGUCGACACCGAUGGCUCGCUAGUGUCGACACCGUCGCGUACUGCCUCGUUCGCCAAACAGGUCAUGCAAGACGACAAGAGUUUCAGUGAUGUCUACGUGGAUCUCAUUCGCACGCAGGAGGAACUCCGGCGCGAGCGCGCCGAGACAGGGCGCCUGGAAGGCGUCCUCGCCGAGGUCAUGGCCGACCUCGACGCCCAUGCGCCGCAACUUAAAGCGCAGCGCGACGAAGUGGCCCAGCUGCGCACCGAGCUGGAUGCGAUGACGGCGACUCUCGAGGAGGCUCAGGCCGAGCGCGAUCUCUCCGCGCGUACGGCGCACGACGUGUCUGCUGAGCUGGAGCGUGUGCGCCGCGAACUCGACUUGACGAUGCAGCAGCUGGAGGACGCCUCUGCGCAAGUGCGUGUCCUUUUGCGCGAGACGAUCGUGCUCAAGGAUCCGUCGGCGGCCGACCGUCUCGCGGAGGACACGCCUGGCGAGGUGUCUGAUAUCCAGGACGUGAUUACCGAGGAGCUAGUCACAUUCCGCUCGCUGUCGGAGCUGUGCGCGCAGAACAAGCGUCUUGUCCAGGCUGUGCGCGAGCUGGGCCAUCGUCUCGAAGAGCGCGAUCCACGGGACGACGAACUGCAGCAGGCAGCGGACAUGCUGGAGAAGGUCUCGGAGGAGCUGCGUCAGCAGCGUCGGAUCGUGGCCGAGGUCGAACAGGAGCGGGAUGUAUACAAGAGCGUGUGUCAUGCCAAGGGCAUCGACACAAGCCAUACGGCGCCGGCUGCGCCGGCGCAGCCGGCACCCGUACCCGAGACACCACCCGCUGUGCUUGCCGAACUGCAGCGUGAGGCAGCGGCGCGCGCUGCGGCCGAGGCGCGCGUAUCGAUGCUACAAGAGGCGGCGCAGUACCACGACCAGCGCCUCAGCGAUGCCCUGGCCGAGGCCAAGCGGAUCCAUGCUGUACUUGAGCGCCGCGAGGCAGCACUCAACGAGGCCGAGCAGACUCUGGCUGUGGCCCGCAGCGCUGCACAGGAGGCUCAGACGCGUCUGGCAACUCGCGACGCGGAAUACCGCCUGCUGAGCGAGCAGCGCGAUGUGCUUCUAGACGAGAAUGCCAAGCUCAGUCUUGCGCGUGCUGAGGCGGAGGCAGCGCUGCGCGAAGCUCGCAGCACCGACGAGGCCAAGGGCGAGCAGCAGUCGUCCAUGGUCGAUCAGCUCCGCCAGGAGCUUGCGCAUCGACAGGCUGCGCAGACGGCGGCCGAGGUGAAGUUGUCCGAGGCCAAGGCCGAAGCGUCCCAUGCGACCCUGCGCCGCGAUCUGGAGACGCGCGAGCUGCGCGAGCGCCUCGACACUCUUUCUCAGCAGCAUGCGUCGGUGCGUGAGGCGCUCGCGGCCGCCCAGGCAGACACGCAGCACCAUGAGCGCCGCAUCGCUGACCUACUCAGCCAGCUGGAGCACGCGCGAGGAGUGGCGACGCUACUGGAGAAGCAGCAUGCUGCGGCCGAGGAGAGUCGCCGCGCAGCGGUGGCGGCUGCUCUGGGCGGCAGCACCGACACUCAGCUCUCGCCUGAGAAACAGUGGGAGAUGGAGCUCGCGGACGUGCGUCGCGGUCGGGCGGCGGCUGAGGCCGAUACUCUGGCGGCCAAGGCGGCACUCGAGGCCGCUCAAAGCACGCAGACACGCUUAGAGGCCGAGCUUGCACAGGCCCAGCAGGCACUGACCGAUGCACAGAGCGCGCACGAAACGGCAUUAGCGGAGCAGGUGCAGGCGGUGACCGAUCUGCAGGCCAAGGUGACCGAGGCCGAGGCGCAGCAGGCCGCUGCCGAGGCGCAGCAGGCCAAACUGCAGGAAGAUCUGCAGACGCAGAGUGCCGUACAUGCUGCCGAGAAGCGCGAGCUCGAAGACGCCUUGGCCGGUCUCCAUGCAGCCGAGACCGAGGCGGCUACGGAGCAGACCUCCGCCUGGGACGAGGUGCGCAAGUUCUCGCUGCAGGCCAAGGAAGCGAGUGCACGGGCUGAUGAGGCGACUGCAGCCUCGUCGGCCGCUGCCCAGGAGCUGGAGGCGGCGCGUGCCGAGGUGCAGCGCCUGCGGGACGAGUCGGAAAAGGCGCGUCUCGCGCGGGAUGUGCUGGCUGCGGACCACAAUCGCGCGAUGCUCGAGGUCCAAGAGCAGCUGCGCACGCUCGAGAAGGCCACCGAAGAGCAGCGUGCGCAGCGUGACGAGCUGCAGCAACAGAACGACCAGCUGCACGCGCACUUGGAGGGCGUCAGUCGGCAAGUGGCAGCUCUUGAGUCGGGCUCGUGGGAGGCAUCAGGGCUCGAGGUGCCCGCUGCGUCGGGGCAGGAUGGCGCGGCGCCGUCCGGUGACCCUACGACGCCAAGCACGGGCGAACUCCAAGUUAUUCGGUAUCUGCGGCGCGAGAAGGAGCAAAAGGCACUGCAGCUUGAGCUGGCUCAGCAGGAACGUGCGCGCCUCGAGCAAGUCGCAGCCAAGACGGCGGAGCAGCUUGCCACAUGUCGCACCGAGCUGCAGGCCCAGCGCGCGUCUACACAGGUGCCGAACUUGCAGUACCAGGAGCUGCUCGACAAGAUCCACCAGCUGAGCACACUGCGCGAGCAGGUCGCGACUCUGACCGAGGGCAAGCAGGCGGUCGAGGCGCGCAAUCAGGCGCUUGAGUCUGAGCUUGCGCAGGCCAGGACCGAGGCGCAGCCCCACCGCGAGCAGCUGCAAAAGGCGCAGGUCGAACUCGAGACUGUGCAGACGCAGCUGCGUGUGGUGCAGGAGGAUAUGCUGCGCUGGAAGACGCGGGCUUCGGGGCUUCUCAAGACGAGCGGCGUCGAAGAGGAGAUGCAGAAGGCAGAAAAGGAGCGGACCCAGAUGCAGGCACAGGUGCAGGCAGCCAAGGCGGAGCUCGAGUCCGAGACCUCGCGGCUCGGCACAGAACUCCAAGCCGCCAACAAGAAGUUCGAGCAGCUGCGCGAGCAAGUCCGGGCUCGUAUCACUCAGGAGCGCCGCGCGGUGGCCGAGGCUGUCGAGCGUGCGAACCAGCUGGAGAAGGACAUGGCGGCGCAGGCCCAUGCUGCCGAGGAGGAAAAGAAGCAGCUGCAGGCCCAGCUGGAGGCGGCGACCAACGCUCCGCCUCCCGCCGAGGCGGCACCCACCGACAACACCCAGACAGAUACCACGCAGCUCGAGGAGCAGCUCAAGGCCAAAAACGAAGAGUGCGAGAAGCACAAGCACUUUGCGCGCACAUUCCUCAAGGACAAGCGCGCUGCAGAGGCACAGGUCAAGGAGCUUACAGCGCAGCUCGAGGCGCUCCGUGCUGGCAAAGUGGACGCCUCCGAGACUCCGAAGCCUGAGGCUGAGGCGACCGCCGCAGCACCUGCCUCCGCCGAAUCAACUGCCGCAGCGCCUGCCACCACCGAGGCGGCCGACUCGACUGAGCCAGUCCCAGCCCCUGCCAACGCAGCUGUCAAGACAGAGACGCCUAUGGAGGACGAUGCAUCGGCGCCUGCUGUUGCUUCGUCCUCGGACCUGACGCCCGAGCAAGCGGAGGCGUUGCGAGCUCGUAUAGCUGAGCUCGAGGCACGCCUGGGCCAGGCCCAGGAGCGCAUGGCCGAGCUGGAAAAGGAGUUGGCAGACACGCAAGCAAGCAAUGCCAGCACCUUGGCCGCUAAAGAGAGCGAGCUCCAGGCCCAUUACCAGCCGCUGCUCCAGUCGCGGUACGAGGACGGGAAACGCGAGGCGGCCUUGCGCAGCCAGAUUAUGGUCAGCCAGCGCGACAAGAAGAUCACGAAUCUCACGAACGAGAUUAACGAGCUGAAGGCGAAGCUGGGCGGUACCACGCCGUCAAAGCCAGCGGCGACCUCGCCUGCUGCCACCAAGGAUGCUAAGGACACCGCCGCCGCCCCUGAGAAGGACACCUCUACGCCUGCUCGGCCUGCCGUCGUGCGGGGCGCUAGUGCGGCGCGUGGCGGCCGCGGCGGCGCAGCUAGUGCGCCCAAACCUGUGCCUAUCCGCCCCAGCGCUGAGACAGGUACCUCUAUCCGCGGCACCGCCAAAGCCGGACGCGGUGGCGCGCCCGUGGCCGGCAGUGCCAAGAGGAAGCGCGAGCUGCAGGCGUCGACCUCCGGAGAAGGCGAUGCCAAGGCGUCCAACAAGCCGGCAUCUUCAAAGAAGACCAAGUCGGAGAAACAGACUGAUAGCAAGUAG